CAGUAAGUUGCCAGACUGUUUACGUAGAAACAUGUUACCGUUGGUGCUUUUGAUCGCGUCGCUCGCGUUCGCGAGCUGCUACGAGCCGCGAAUAAUUGGAGGAUCCGAAACGACCAUCGAGAAGUAUCCGUAUCAGGUGUCUAUUCACUACAACGGGGUGUUGAAAUGCGGGGGCUCCGUAAUUAGCCAAAACUGGGUGCUAACGGCGGCGCAUUGUGUCUACGGGGAGAACCCCACCCUUUUCCAAAUUCGCAUCCAAAGCACUUACAGUAACAAGGGAGGUACGCUGAUUACCGGCAUCAAGAACACGAUUUACCACGAACUUUACGACAACGAGUCCCUCGAAUACGAUGUCGCCUUGAUACAGGUACGAGUAUGCCAGACUUUAUUCCGUACAGGUAUAAAAGAAAUAAAAAAGGAUCGAAAAUCGAGUAGAGACUGUUCAUUCGUAACUCGAAAGUUACCGUCACCGAUAAAGGAAAGUGCGACCGCGAAGAGCAUCGCUCUUCCACCGCCCGGGGCUACCGUGAUGACCGGAAGCAAAGCGCUGGUGACAGGAUGGGGCCUAACGAAGGCAGGCGGCUCGAUGUCGAACACGCUGAAAGUCCUAACGGCGCCCGUCGUCGAUCAAGACACUUGCAAGAAGAUCUACGCGGUUCAGCAUUACCUGACCAAGGAGAUGCUGUGCGCCGGCACGAUGAUCGGCGGCCAGGACACCUGUCUGGGUGACUCUGGAGGUCCGCUGGUAUACAACGGUGUUCAAAUUGGUAUCGUGUCCUGGGGCUUCGAAUGCGCGAGACCUGGAUAUCCCGGAGUGUACACGCGAGUGUCUGCCGUACGAUCUUGGAUAACGAAGCAUGCCAACGUGUAAAAUUAAUAUCUCUCCGCGCAUACAACAUCGCGCGGAGAUUAAUUUUUACCCAUACGCGAUAAACCCGCAGCCCCGUUCAAAUGGAAGGAAACACCGACAGAAAUUCAGCAUUUG